AUGACCGCUCGCGUUUUCCUUCUUCUGGCUCUUGUUGCCGCGGCUACUGCCAUCCAAAGGUAAAUUCAAACCCAUGUAGACACCCUAAACUAUCUUUGUAUUAUAACAGAAUUAAGCUCGAGAAGCGGACUUACACCCGCGAGCAGUACAAGUUUGGCUCGAUCCAAGAGCACCUCAAGACCAAGUACGUCAAGGGAUACAUUCCAAGCAAUGACGCUUACAACGAGGGACUCUCUGAUUACUCCAACGCUCAGUACUUCGGACCAAUCACCAUCGGAACCCCAGCCCAAAACUUCCAAGUUCUGUUCGAUACCGGAUCUUCGAACUUGUGGGUGCCAUGCUCCACCUGCCCCUUCGGAGAUAUUGCCUGCAGAAUGCACAACAGAGUCAGCCAUAGACACCACAGCCCUUUUCAAAGUGUGUAAUGUUUGAUUUCAGUUUGACUGCAAGAAGUCCUCCACCUGCACUGCUACUGGAGCCGCUUUUGAGAUUCAAUACGGAACAGGAUCGAUGAAGGGAACCGUGGACAACGACGUUGUUUGCGUACGUUUCAAACUGGCCUCUAGUCGAGCAACACUAAAGAUUAUAAUACUUUCAGUUUGGACACGACACCACUUAUUGUACCGACAAGAAUCAAGGAUUGGCUUGCGCCACCUCUGAGCCAGGAAUCACAUUUGUUGCCGCUAAAUUCGACGGAAUCUUCGGAAUGGGAUGGGACUCGAUCUCGGUCAACAAGAUCUCGCAGCCAAUGGACCAGAUCUUCAACAACUCGGCCAUCUGCCCGAACGCCCUCUUCGCUUUCUGGCUUAGCCGUGACGCCAACGAUGUGACCAACGGAGGAGAGAUCACCCUUUGCGACACUGACUCAAACCACUACACCGGAGAUAUUGCCUGGGAGCCACUUGUCUCUGAGGACUACUGGAGAAUCAAGCUCGCCUCGGUCAGCAUUGACGGAACCACCUACACCAACGGACCAAUCGACUCGAUCGUCGACACCGGAACCUCCCUCCUCACCGGACCAUCUGACGUCAUCAAGAAGAUCCAGCACAAGAUCGGAGGAAUCCCACUGCUUAACGGAGAGUACGAGGUGCUCUGCAGCAAGAUCCCAUCUCUCCCGAACAUCACCUUCAACCUCGGAGGACAGGACUUCAACCUCCAAGGAAAAGACUACAUUCUCCAGCUCUCGAACGGAAACGGAGGAUCCACCUGCCUCUCCGGAUUCAUGGGAAUGGACAUCCCAGCCCCAGCUGGACCUCUCUGGAUCCUUGGAGACGUUUUCAUCGGACGCUUCUACUCGGUCUUCGAUCACGGAAACAAGAGAGUCGGAUUCGCCACCUCCAAAAGUGCCUAA